CCUUCCUCUUAGGAUGAGAAGCGUGUCGAAAGAAGGUCAUGGCGCUGUCUUCGCCGACUGACCUGCCUUACCUAUAUACGAAGUUUUUCUCUUCUGGUUUUUAGAUCUGAUUUGAUUCGUGAACGAUCAUGUCGGAGAGUAAGCAAGGUACAGUGCUUGUGACUGGGGCAUCAGGAUUUAUCGCCCUUCAUAUCAUCCAGUUGCUGCAGCGCGAGGGCUAUAAAGUUCGUGGCACAGUGCGAAGUUUAAAAAAUGAAGCUAAAUUGAAACCUUUGCGUAAUCUGUGCCCCGAGGCAAAGCAUUCUUUAGAAUUGGUUGAAGCUGAUUUGACUAGUGAUGCUGGAUGGGAAGAAGCAGUAAAAGGUUGCAGUUAUUGCAUACACGUUGCUUCACCCUUUCCAAAUGCCCCACCAAAACGAGAAGAAGAUUUAUUGAUCCCCGCUGUUGAAGGAACUAAACGAGUACUUAAGGCUUGUGCUGAUUCAGGAACUGUGAAACGUGUUGUCCUCACCAGCUCCAUAAGUGCUGUUCAUGGAGAGUCCACUAACGAACGGGGCCGGAUAUAUUGUGAAGAGGAUUGGAGUGAUGUAAAUUCCCCAGCUAUGGAUGCUUAUGCAAAAAGCAAGACCAUGGCUGAGAAAGCAGCUUGGGAAUUUAUUCGUUCUUUGCCUCCAGAGAAGAAGAUAGAAAUGGCAACUGUGAAUCCAAGUUUGGUGAUGGGGCCAUCGAUCAGUGGUGUAGUUUGUACCAGCUUAGAACUCAUUAAGAGACUCAUGGAUGGUAGCAUGCCUUUGAUUCCUCGUAUGUAUAUAGCUCUCUGUGAUGUCAGAGAUGUGGCUCGAGCUCAUUUGCAAGCUAUGAUCGUACCAGAGGCUGCCAACCAUCGUCACCUCGUAAAUUCUGGCCAUUUAUGGCUGCAAGAUAUUGCCCAUAUUUUACGAAAUGAAUUUUCUCCCCAGGGUUAUUUUAUACCAACGUGGCCAGCACCAUAUCUUGCUCUGUGGUUUUACAGCUUUGUCGACAGUUCGACGAGAUUAAUUUUGCAGAGAAUCAAUCAAACAUACACAUUCUCUAAUCGCAGAAUGAAAGAAGUUCUAAAAGUUGAUCCUCGCAAAGCCGAAACUACUGUUAUUGAUACUGCUCAUGGCAUGAUAGAAUGCGGUAUGAUUAAACGAACCAAACAUUACAGACCCAACUAAUCAAACAGGAUGUGCUUAUGAACAAAACUGUGGAAAAAUUAGUUUAAGAUGAAUCAUUAAAUAUUUUUCAUAUUCUGUAACUUUUUUGGUUCAGAAAAUAAGUGAAUUUGUAGUUAUAGGUGAAAAUUGUAAAUAAUUGUAAAUGCAUGAUUCCAUAAAUGAAGCUGAAAGUCUUAAAUGAUACAGCAUUUAAGUGUUCCAUGUUGCAAAUAGAAAUGAUUAUAGAGACUGUUUGCUUAUAAAAUAAAUUUUUAUCUCGUAGUCGUUUAAUCAAUAUGUUGUUAAUAUUAAUAUGCAACAUGAAUAAUUAUAAAUUCUUCUUUAUAGUAGACACGUUUGAAGAUAGUUUCAAGGUAACAUUUUAUUGCUUAUUACAAUAAAAUGUUUUUAAAACGAUCCUUUAUAAAUUUAUUAUC